AUGGCCAUUGGCUGCACUCACAUUCUGGCCUUCUACUUUUUGUGGCUCUUGGGGGAAGUCUCCCUGAAGGUCUCCCGCUUUCGCAUGGCUUGGCGAUCGGCAAAGGCUCGGGUCCACUUUGCUCGGCAGGGGACGUCAGGUCUUCAGGAGACAGAGACGAUUUGGGUCCCGCCCAAUGGGACUCAGUUCGUGUCUCUGGACUCUGAAAGACGAUCUCUUUGUGUCCUCUGCUGCACCAUUUUUCAUUGGCUAGAAUACCUACUGCCUGUGUGCUUGGCGCUUGUAACUUUUGUUUGUGGUCUGAUGCUCGAUCGUGGCUACUUAGCCGAAGUGGGUGCGGUUGCGGCCGCGUUGCUGUUCUUCGUCAUGCUUGGCACGCACGAGAGUUUAGAUCAAUUGGGCGACCAGCAGCGCUGCACGCCGCCCUUCAUCAAACAUUGCUUUCGACAUCCGGAGGUCCUGCAGUACUGGGGCGAACGCUGGUGUCGUUUGGGCUUCAACGCCCAGAAGCGGCAGAGGUAUCCCUUCGCCAUUGUGGUCGGUCUCACCGCCCUGGUCUUCGGGUCCUUCCGCUUGAUGUCCCUGACCUACGCGUGUAUGUGUAUGAUGCUCUACGUGUGCUUACGCCUUCUCUGGAUGCGAGUCGAGGGUUAUGGCGGCUGGUUCUAUGCCUUCCUGGAAUCUUUUGUCGAAAUCAUUCUGCUGAACAUCAUCAUCAUGAUGACCUCUCGAAAUCCUCUGCGUGACGGUGCUGUAGUUCUCAUCUUGGCGGUGAUGCGACAGUUCGGCUUCCAGCGUGAGAUCAAUUCCGGCGAGCGCGUGCGACUGGCGAGUAUGAUCACCUUGGGCCUUGUACAGGUGAUGUUGCUCGGUCUCGUUUGCUUCGCACUGUCCAGUGUUUCGGAUGACAACUGGAGCGCGUUCGGAGAGUACAUGGGCUCCACAAAAUUCUACGAGAUCCCACAUUUGCCGCCCAACAUGACGCAGAAGGACGUCAAUACCUUUCCAUUGUGUUUGGUGCGUUUUCCUCAUGGCGCCGUGGGCAGCGGAAACGCCUUGGACUUUUCCAAAGAGCUGAGUCUGGCGGAUUUUGGCCUCAUGGCUUCGUUGACCUACGAGCACCUUGGUCGCGAGAGCUCCGAUGGUAUCCAUGGAGAGCCUCCCUCCCGUGUGGAAGAAGGAUGUGCGCACUACUUCCCCAACUGGCACGUUGAACAGAAACCUCCCA